GGCUCACAUUUGCGAGCAGCUGCAAAUGUAAAAUUGCCUUUAAGCAAAGUAGAAGCAAUAAUAACGGCCAUCAAAAGGUGCCCAAGUGAAAUCCCAUGCCAAAGAUAAAGGGAAUACUAUUUACAAAGUGUUAUCGGCACACCAAAGUCAAAGCGAAGAGUUAAGAGAGAACUUUUCAAACUCAAAACUCUUCACAAAUCACAAAAACCCAAUUCAAAUCACUCGCGGGAACUAACGCGUCAAAAUUUCGUAUACAACCAGCUUGAAUACGUGCGGUACGUGCCAGAGCCAGAGCGAGGAGUUCAUCAUGCUCAUAUCAUACAAAUACAUAUACUCGGUUAUACUGACCACCAUUGCCAGCAUAAUGGUCGUGCUCAGCUCAGCUACGCACAAUGCCGCACUGCUGCCAGUGCGUAAAUGCAGCGGACCCGGACACAGCAUGGCGCUCAAUUUAGCCGCCUACGGUUUAUUGGAGAAUCGCAUUACCACCUUGGAUUCGCCGCAGCAGACGCACUGGAGCAAAAAAUUCUUGGCCAAGCGAGAGGCUACACCACACUCGGCGCCCUAUGUUGUCAGCAUACAAAUGAUGACGCCAGAUCAGGGACUGGUGCACUAUUGCGCAGGCACUGUCAUCAACGAGCACUGGAUACUCACAGCAGCCCACUGCCUCAGCUCCCCGCAAUCGGUAGCGAACUCGGUCAUUGUCGCCGGCAGCCACGACAUACACAAUCGACGCGGCGAGGCGGCCAAUCUGCAGCUGCGCCACAUUGAUUACUAUGUGCGCCACGAGCUCUACUUGGGAGGCGUCAAUCCAUACGACAUUGCGCUCAUUUACACAAAGAAGCCGCUGGUCUUUGACGAGUAUGUGCAGGCCGCUGCGCUGCCAGAGCAGGAUGCUCAUCCGGAGGGCUAUGGCACGCUAUAUGGCUGGGGCAACGUUUCAAUGACUGCCGUACCCGAUUAUCCACACAAGCUGCAGUUGGCCAACAUGCCCAUUUUGGACAUGUCGUUGUGCGAGGAGAUCUUGGCACGCUCUGGCCUGCAGCUGCACGAGACGAACCUCUGCACUGGACCCUUGACUGGUGGCGUAAGCAUCUGCACCGCCGACUCUGGCGGUCCACUUAUCCAGGAAUGCUGCGAGCCCGAAUUGGAGCAAAGCCGCAUCAUCAUUGGCAUUGUCUCCUGGGGCAGACUGCCAUGUGGACAGAAGAACGCGCCCUCGGUGUUUGUGCGUGUUUCUGCCUUUACUGAUUGGAUCAAUCAGAUCAUUACCACCGCUACACAGAUUAUGUAAGCAAGCAGAGCAACUCAAACGCCUCUGGACACGCAGCUCGAAUGUAUAAUAUCGAAAAAGAAUACCAAAAAAAAUCUUAAAAAUGCACAAAUGUUAACUAAAAAUAUCUAGAUGCUAAUCUCGUAGUUAAAUAAGUGUUACCAAAAUAAAACUGCCCCUAAUCUAAGUCAAGCAGAUUUAAGAUGUAAACAUUGUAAUAAUAAAAUU